UUGGUGAUACUGCAUGAAGAGGUGACCUCUUGGAUUCCAGCUCCUAAAAGACUCGCCUUUGAGAUAAAGACCAUGGCAGGCCCCAAACAAGGAAACCAAACAUAUGUCACAGAAUUUGUCUUCCUGGGAUUUGGUGAACUCCAUGACUUCCAGAGCCUUCUCUUCCUGCUCUUCCUCAUGAUCUACAUUUUGACCUUGGUAGGAAACAUUGUCAUUCUUGCCCUAGUUGUCACUGAGCACCGCCUUCACACCCCCAUGUACUUCUUCCUGGGGAAUUUAUCCUUCUUGGAGAUCUGCUACACCUCCACCAUCCUGCCCAGGAUGUUGGUUAGUUUGCUUAACAAAGAAAAUGGGAUUUCAUUAAGCGGUUGCUUCUUUCAGUUUUAUGCUUUCGGUUCCUUUGCAUGUUCCGAGUGUUAUCUUUUAUCUGCCAUGUCCUAUGAUCGGUUCUUAGCAAUAUGCAAACCACUGCAUUAUGGAGCUUUGAUGAACAACAAGUUCUGUAUCCAGCUAGCAGCAUGGACUUGGGUAAGUGGAUUUGUGGCGAAUGCUUUUACAUCAUUCUUGGCAUCACAGCUGACUUUCUGUGGGCCCAACAAAAUUGACCAUUUCUUCUGUGAUUACACACCAUUGCUAGUGCUGUCCUGCAGUGACACCCACACAACAGAGACAGUUAUGUCCAUCAUUGCCACUGUGUGCACGGUGCCUCCCUUUCUGCUCACCGUGACAUCCUAUAUUUGUAUCAUUGCCACCAUCCUGAAAAUCCCUUCUACCACCGGGAGGAAAAAAGCUUUUUCUACCUGUUCCUCACACCUUGUUGUGGUUACAAUAUUCUAUGGGGCUUUGAUGACUGUCUAUCUGUUACCCAAAAAUGAUAUAUUAAAAGAUGUAAACAAGUUGCUCUCUAUUUUUUACACUGUCUUGACCCCUUUGUUAAAUCCCCUUAUAUACAGCCUGAGAAAUAAGGAUUUUAGGGCAGCCCUGAGUAACUCAGUCAGUAAACGUGUGCCUUUACUGAGAAUUCAAAGAAUCCAAACUCUUUUUUAA